AUGGCUGAUGUAUGCGAACCUUUAACACUUGCCAGAGAUGUUAAGCGUUCAAUUGAAUUAUUGGAAAAACUUCAAGCUAGUGGAGACUUCCCGACAACAAAAUUGGCAGCUUUGCAAAAGGUCCUGCAAAGUGAUUUUCUUAAUGCUGUACGUGAGGUGUACGAACAUGUAUACGAGACUGUUGACAUCCAAGGAUCCCAGGAUGUCCGAGCAUCUGCAACAGCAAAGGCCACGAUAGCUGCAUUCGCCGCAAGUGAAGGACAUGCUCACCCCAGAGUAGUAGAAUUACCAAAAACAGAAGAAGGACUUGGUUUCAAUGUUAUGGGAGGUAAGGAACAAAAUUCACCAAUAUAUAUAUCUCGCAUUAUUCCCGGGGGCGUAGCGGACCGUCACGGUGGAUUGAAGCGUGGAGACCAACUUCUUUCAGUGAAUGGAGUGUCUGUUGAAGGUGAAAAUCACGAGAAAGCUGUGGAGCUUUUGAAACAAGCUGUGGGAUCAGUUAAACUUGUCGUUAGAUAUACUCCAAAAGUUCUAGAGGAAAUGGAAAUGCGGUUUGACAAACAACGUACCACUCGAAGGAGGCAAUAA